CUCCGGUUCGCGUUUUUGGUUUCCUUUACCCUCUCUCUCUCAAAUCAUCUCUGGAAUUGUCGUCGAAUUCCAGGAAUCAGAUGGAGGAGAACUUUAGGAGAAGUGAGAUCCUGGAGAAUUUAGAGACAUCUGAGUCAAGUGCGAUCGAUUCAAGCGAGCUUUCUCAGCAGGAAGAGACAGCGAGCAGGGAUUCCCCUAUGGUAGAAUCUCUCUCUACAGAAUGGACAGAUGAGAAGCAUAGUCUGUAUCUUAAAUUUAUGGAAGCAUCAUUUGUGGACCAGUUGUAUACUUCUCCAGAUGUUCUUGGCAGACACUCUGGAAAGGAGAAGUCAGAUCUGAAAUUGCCUCGCCAACGAUAUUCUGACAACCCUGCCUCCAAUGGCCAGUAUAAGGUUUUCCGUGGUGGCUGCUGGCAGAAGAUGAACUUUGAAAGACCUGAACCUGCACAAUCUGUGUCAGAUGAGUCUCAUGGUUUUCUCGCAAGUCCAUGGAUCCAGCACUUUAGACAAACAUGCAAGCCUGAAGUUCUAGCAACUCCCAAUAUCCUAGAAAGUAGUGUGUCAGAAAGACUAGCAGUCAACUUGAGUGGCGAGAAAGCAGUGCUCUGUGCAUCAGAUACUAAUUCAAAGCAGCCUCAUGUGUGCCUCGACUCUCAUCCAUGUCAUAUUGAUUUGGUUGGCAGCAUCACAGAAGUGUCGGAUCAGAACUUUGUUGAUAAUGAUACCAGAGGUGAAAAGCAAAGGAGUAAGUGCAGUACAAAACGGAUGAGAACUGUUAGUACCACUACUUUGAGCAGUGAUCAGGUGGUUCCACAUAGCCGACCUUCUGGAACAGAAAAUAGGACCAAGAAGUAUGUUUCUCAGGCUAAGCAAAGAGCUACUUCCACUGCUGAGCAAUGAUUCGCAAUCAGAGAACAAUGACGUUGUGAUACCUAAGUCCAGGCAUGUUAUUUGUGUAGGACACUGAAUAUCAUUAAUUUGGAUGACUUUUGCCCCUAGUUGAAUCGUAAUCCUGUCUCAAUGGGUUAUUGGUUUGAGAGACAAAUGUGGGCAAUUCUUGCCGGCACAGUCUGUUUUCUUGUUGCAACUGAAAGAACCUGUAACGUCAUUAUCUUAGCUAGAAGUUGAAUCCUUGCUGCCAUGGGUUAAUGCUGUAUCAUCUGUAUGUAUGUAUAUUGGUAUUGCCUCGUCUUUGGUUGUAUGUAUUACUAAUAGCAUGCUAACGAAAUGAUAUAUAGACGUGACUUCCGAUGUGUUGCUUGUA